ACUGCAUAGUACAAACUGACAAGUGCAUUAAUCGUUGAUUCGUUGCUUUCUACCACGAAUCAAAACUUGUUUGAUUUCUGCCAUAAAUAGUAAUCUGCGUCGCAAUAUUCCUGCUGUGCCGUUCAAAAGUUUCCUAAUUGAUUGUUGUACCGGUUAAAAGUCCUACAAAUUAAAUAAUCUUUCAAAAUGUUCACGGCUAACUAGAAAAAUAUGGAGCGAUUCCCUCUCAAGUCCUCCGUAUCAAAAAUGGGUACUACAUAUCAAUCUGUCUACAAAAAGGGUACAAAUACAAGCAACGGGCGUGGCGCUCAUACGUCAACAGAUGAUGACAUGGUAGAUAUAACACCUGGGCCGCAUCGGGCGGCGGAUUCAAGUUCUACUCCUACCAACCACGGGACUUUCCAACUAUACGAACACAGCGGUAGGAACAGCAACGCAAGUGCAAACUCAUUCAUCGCUCAGUACUUCAGUUCGUCAGCCGGGGACGCCGUUAUAUUCUCCGGAAUGCAAGGCGACACGGACGAAAUCCCGGGAAUCGGCCAGUACGAUGAUUUUCACACUAUCGAUUGGCAGCGGGACAUCGCGCGUGACCGGAUGCGACACCGAUACAUUGUGAAGAAACGUCAGGACUCGAUAUGGGAUCUCAUUAAAGGCGCUCACGACGCGUGGUCAGGAUGGGUGUGCGUGCUCCUCGUUGGUGUCUGCACGGGCGUCGUGGCUGGUGUCAUAGAUAUUGGGGCGUCAUGGAUGACGGACCUCAAGUUCGGCAUCUGCCCGCAAGCGUUCUGGUUCAACAGGGAGCAGUGCUGCUGGUCCAACGAUGAAAUUACCUUCGAUCAUGGGAAUUGUUCUGAGUGGAUGACCUGGCCUCAGCUGUUCGGCGAGUCUCGCGACGGUCCCGGAGCUUACAUCAUCAGUUACUUGUUCUACAUCGUUUGGGCGCUGCUCUUCGCUGCUCUCUCAGCCUCUCUCGUACGGAUGUUCGCGCCCUACGCCUGUGGAUCUGGUAUACCCGAGAUAAAGACCAUUCUGAGUGGUUUCAUCAUUAGGGGAUACCUCGGCAAGUGGACGCUCAUCAUCAAGGUAGUCGGCCUGAUUCUGUCAGUGUCAUCCGGCUUGUCACUCGGAAAGGAGGGGCCCAUGGUCCAUAUAGCGAGUUGUUUAGGUAACAUCCUAUCGUACUUGUUCCCGAAGUACGGUCGGAAUGAAGCGAAGAAACGCGAGAUACUGUCCGCUGCUGCGGCUGCGGGAGUCUCUGUGGCCUUCGGAGCUCCUAUUGGAGGGGUGCUCUUCAGCCUCGAAGAGGUCUCGUACUACUUUCCUCUGAAAACGUUAUGGCGUUCGUUCUUCUGCGCCCUGAUCGCGGCCUUCAUCCUGCGCUCCAUCAAUCCCUUCGGCAACGAGCACUCUGUGUUGUUCUUCGUGGAGUACAACAAGCCCUGGAUAUUCUUCGAGCUCAUACCGUUUGUUGGCCUCGGUAUCAUAGGCGGUUGCAUCGCGACCAUAUUCAUAAAGGCGAACAUUUAUUGGUGCCGCUACCGCAAGUACUCGAAACUCGGCCAGUACCCGGUCACCGAAGUGCUGGUAGUAACGUUGGUUACUGCUAUCAUCGCUUAUCCCAAUCCAUACACACGGAUGAACACCAGUCAACUGAUUUAUUUGCUGUUCAAUCAGUGCGGAAUUUCAAACUCGGACCCGCUAUGCGAUUACAACCGCAACUUCACUGAUGUAAAUUCUGCAAUAGAGAAGGCAGCUGCAGGACCGGGCGUUUACCAAGCCAUCUGGCUGCUACUCCUCGCUCUUAUCCUCAAGCUGGUGAUGACGGUCUUCACUUUCGGUAUAAAGGUCCCCUGCGGACUAUUUAUUCCCAGUCUUGCUUUGGGCGCCAUCGCUGGAAGGAUCGUGGGUAUCGGAGUGGAGCAGCUUGCUUACAACUAUCCGAAGAUAUGGCUGUUUUCCGGUGAGUGUUCGACCGGUGACGAUUGUAUCACUCCCGGACUCUAUGCUAUGGUGGGCGCGGCAGCUGUACUGGGCGGGGUCACAAGGAUGACUGUAUCGCUCGUGGUAAUAAUGUUCGAACUGACUGGUGGCGUCCGAUACAUUGUGCCGCUGAUGGCUGCCGCUAUGGCUUCCAAGUGGGUUGGCGACGCAUUGGGACGGCAGGGCAUAUACGACGCACACAUCGCUCUCAACGGAUACCCCUUCCUGGACAGCAAGGACGAGUUCCAGCACACAUCUCUAGCUGCGGAUGUCAUGCAACCGAAACGCAAUGAAACUCUGGCCGUGAUCACCCAAGACUCGAUGACCGUGGACGAUGUCGAAACGUUGCUGAAGGAGACCGAGCAUAACGGUUACCCAGUGGUUGUCUCUAAGGAGUCGCAGUAUCUCGUCGGAUUCGUUCUGCGCAGGGACCUCAACCUCGCUAUUGCUAAUGCUCGGCGCACAAUGGAAGGAAUAAUUGGUCAAUCGGUGGUGAUAUUUGCUGGCCCAGUCCAGCCUCUGCCUGGACCUCCCAGCCUACCACUCAAUCGCAUACUGGACAUGGCUCCCAUCACUGUCACCGAUCAGACUCCCAUGGAGACUGUCGUGGAUAUGUUCCGCAAGCUGGGAUUGAGGCAGACCUUGGUCACUCAUAACGGUCGUCUACUGGGUGUCAUUACGAAGAAGGAUGUCCUGAGGCACGUGAAACAGAUGGACAACGAGGACCCGAACUCCGUCUUGUUCAACUAAAGGAUGCCAGUCUUAUAUAACAAAGUAUACAACCACGUAGAUGAUAUGAUCUAUAUAUUUUUAAUUUAAUCUAUAUAUAUAUAGGUAUUUAGUGGCAAUUGAGAAAGACUAGCCACCAUAGAGUAACUAAAAAUAUUUUAUCAGAUGUUUUAAUCGACAUGUUGUACGUGAUAGAGAAAUAUAAAAGCAAUCGCUAUUAACGUUGCUCGAUGUCAUCGUUUCAGCGUAACCUAUGUAUAUUUUAUAAGCAUAGUUGAUUAUAGUAAUUAUAUGCCAAACGUGACUAGUUAAUAUUAAAAGUGGUGCGUUAGUCUUUUAAAUUUCCGCUAUUUAUAUUUUAAACAGUUUAUUUUACUUUGUAUGUGUAUUUAUGAGGGGUGUUUUAACCGGAUAUAGAUAAGUGUAGCGAUUCAUUUAUUAUUAUACCUUGUAUAGGCAUUACUAUCGCGUAGUAAGGAUCUAAUCAAAUCUACUUUACGUAUUCUUAAGGUUUAGCUUUUUUUAUAAUCGAAUUACUAAUGAAUAAUUUAAGUAAUUUAAUCGCAAUGGAAUGUAAUCCAUAUUAAAAAAUAUCAUAGAGGUAUCAUUAGUUAUACCAAUAUCUUUAACUUUGCCCCCUUGUAAUCAAUAAAAUAACGUCAAGGUAUGUCUUCGUAAAAUAGUCUCGGAAUAAACACAAGUCAAUUAUGAGCCUCGAAAACAAUAUAGCGUGGAUACAUGAUGUAACGUAUACAUUCCUAAUGAGAUUAUCGCUUAUAACACUAUCGAUUACAGGCUUUAUUAUUUACAAUAAAUACAGGUACCUUUUAAAAAUCCGGUACCUUAACUUUUCGUAUAGUAUCGUAACGGAGUAUUUUUUAUGAGAUGUAUAAAGGCCUAUUAUUAACGUUAAUUUUAAAUUAGUUAAAUUUAGCUGAUUUCUGACUUCCAUUCUAGUAUUUCUUAUUACAACUAUUUUAAUCCCAUGAGUCGUCUUCCUUAUUGCGUAUCAUAAGAAGCAAUAUUUGUCAUAAUAUUAUAUCUUUGAUAGCAAUAUUUAUUUCUUGGAAUUUAGUACUAACUGCAAAAUCUAUUAGAAUAAUUUAAAGCAAUACAUAGACAUAAUAAUUAAAAAAUUUGCUUAUAAACGUUGUACAGCGAGUGAAUGGAUAAAUACCCUCUCUGUCUGUCAUCGGCAAUUCGUUACUCGUCAGAGGGAGACAGGGUCGUGUAACUCAGCUGCUUUAAAACAUUUAUUACUCAGGUGUAAAAAUAUAAGAAAUGUCAUUGCAAUAUAAAUUUACUUUUGUUAUUUAUUAGUAAACAGUAUUUAUUAGGGCUACCUCCUGCUUAUCUUUUAUUAUUUUUACAACGCUGGCAGUUAUUUUGUUGACAUUUGUUUACCAUCAUACAAAGACCAUAUUUUGUCUGAAGUUCGAGGUGCGUGCAAUGUACAGUUACUAUUGGCAGCUUUCUUGUUAAAUAACAUUCGAAUAGAUCUUUUCGUAUAUAUUAGCAAUGAAUUGUUUUUUUUUACACGAUAAAUUCGGAUCUAUAGAACUGUUUGUAAUAUGGUAUAAUUAUAUAAUAUAUCGGAUGAACUCUCGAAGCAACUGCAGAGUAACCAGAUGUAAUCAGUGUUAUACAAAUAUUUUAGACAAUUGAUUCUUUUUAAUCUUGUAUGUACUUUUUUAUCUGAAUGUUUACAUUUUAUAUAAGUGGCGUUUAUUGUAAUCAAAUAUACGUUAUCUGAUGAUGAAUAAUAUUAUGUAUAAUUGUUAAAUAACAGCGUAAGAGCAUUCGACGAGGUGCCUUACAUCGCUUCAGGUCUUAGACUAUUGACGUAUUCAUUAUUCAAUCGUCGUCUUAUUGAUAAACGUGUUUACUCAGUACCGUCGCUCGUGGUCAAAAUAUAAAAAUGAUCGCUUAUUGCGUACAAUCUAUGACUCCUCUUGUAAUAAAUACUAAAAAAUAUAAAGAUAUUACUGAAACCCUCAGCUCGUUAAUAAGACGAAUUGAAUAAAGGAAUCUGUGUAGUAAAUAUAAAUGUAAAUGGCGUAGAGCGGCCAAGUAAUUCUAUAGUCGGCCUGAGAUCAUAUCUGUUUGUGACGUAGAAUCGAAUAUACAACGGCGCAAUUUUUGCUUAUAGUUGAAAAUCAUUUAGAUAUCGUUAAAAUAAAUAGUUUUAUUUCGAAAUAAAUAUUUAUCCAUGAACAUUUUGGUUGAUUAUAUUAGAUGUUAUACAUUUCAAGUUUUUUAAAAAUAUGUAUUAAACAAAAAAGUGUACAUAAUUAUAUCAGUCGGAGUAAUGUUAGUGUAAUUUCGUAGAUAUAGUUGUGUAUAGAGCUUUGCACAUGUCUUUGGUAUUUUACGAUUUCGUUUUUGUUGUUUUUUAUUUGUAUAAUUUAGUCGUAAUAUUUCUUAUUUAUAUCGAAAUGGUAAAAUAUUUUUUGUAAAUUUACUAUCGGCGAUAAUGCAUAAAAAAUAUUGUCAGAUAGUAUUAGACAUCUUAGUUUCACUGUAUUUGUAAUUGCAUAAUAAGCUUUUUUAUAAUUUACUAAUACAGCUUUAUAUAUAAACGUUUGUGAUUACACGACACAGUGCAAUUAAUAUGUGAUUUAUCUUGCAGCUUACUAUUUAAAUUCACAAUAUUUAACGUAUUAAUAUACUAAUUUUACUUGUAAAUAUAUAAAAUAUUAUUAUACACUAAUAUAAUGUAAACUUAGUGUAGCGGGUAAAUGUCUCACGCUAUGUGCUAUAGAUUGUCAUGUAAUCAAUAUCUUUCAUUCAUAAGAGAAACAUAUUUUUUGUAAGAUGGAUACGUUGGUGAGUAUCAAGCGAAACAUUAAAAUAAAAUAUAUAUUCAGCAUUCACCAACAAGAAUUCAAGUGUGAUGGACGUGCAAUCUCUGAACAAAAAACAACCUUAAAUUGCUCUUUAUAAGAAAAGUAACAAUGGCUACGGUUAUUCCUACCCUAUCCAUUGUAAAUAGUGAUAUGAAUUUAUGUAUAUAAUUCCAGUGUAACGGUAAAACAGUUGUAUAUCUCUACAGCAUCCAUCCGAUCGCCUGUGACCGAUCUGUAUCGGAAGUAGAAUGAUAUUCACCGCUGUAUAAAAGGACUGAUGAAACAAUUUAGAUGUUUGUAAAUAUACACUAUUAUCGUAUACACGCAACGCGUUCUACCUUACGCGCACUUUUGUAGAGAAUAUAUAUGUAUAUGAUGACUGAUGUAACAGCUCUUAUGACCAAAAUUGUAUUGCGAUAUCUUGGAUUUAAGAUCCACUUUCCUCUCGAGUGUGUGUUAUAUGUUAAGAUCUUACUAUUCGUACAGAAUAAAGGCAAAUAAAGUGUU